AUUUAAAAUAAAAAUUUAAACAAAAGUUUAUAAAAAAAAGUCUUAAAAUAGAAAAUAAAUUAAGGCAAUUUUUUUAAAUAUUAAAUAAAAUGUAUGAAAUUAAAAAAAAGCAAAAAAAUUUCUUAGAAAUUAAAACCAAAUUACAAGAAAAAAAUCUAUUGUUCUGUGUUGUAUACUCAAACCAACAUAACCAACAUCACCAUCAUCCAUUCAUAGUUCCAUCCAUCCUUUAAGUUGCAACAUCAAAAGUGAAAAAUCGAUUUUAUUUUCCUUUUUACUCGCUGAAUGCGAAUGUGAAUGUGUCGAAAAUCAACAACAGCAACAUUUAAUAACAACAACAUUUAAUAGCAACAAAAUCAACAACUACAACAACAUUAAGAAAAUGUGUAAUUUUCAAAAGCAAUUUUCAUUAAUGAAUUUUAUUUAUGAAACUUAAGGUUACAACAAAAAAAAUAAAAUUUUAAAUUAAAAAAAAAGCAACCAAAUUUUCAACUUUGGCUUACUCCUCCUUUAUGGGAUAGAAAGACAGACAAAAUGGUACGUUAAUAAUAAAAAUACCUCCCAGCCAAAAAAAAAAAACAUUUGAACUUCAAUUUCAAACAGCAUGAGAGGUCGACGUAUACCUUUACCCCUACCUAAUACGGGGACAAUGCAUCGUAAACGUAAUACCUAUUAUAUACGAGGCAUAAUUGUGAUAACUUUAGUAAUAUUUUUAUUCCUACAAUUACAUGCUUUUAAUUUUCCUGAAUCUCGUGACAAUUUGUUUACAGAACCCACAAAUGAUUCAGUUGAUGCCAUAUUGUCAAUGGUGCCAUCUGUUUUACACAAAUUUCUAACACCCAAAACACGUAAUCAAACUUUAGCAGCUAGUUUACAACAUAAUGGUUCUUUAUUGAAUGGUGCUGGCGGUUCGGUUAGUUUUGUCGAUUUAUAUCAUCCACCCAAUAUAACGGAGAUUAAACGACAAAUUGCCAAAUAUAAUGAAAUGCAAUUAGUUUUAAAUGAAUAUACAUUUGGUCCGCUACAAAAUGAUUCUGUGAUAAUUGUAGUACAAGUUCACACUCGUAUUACAUACCUACGCCAUUUGAUCGUGAGUCUAGCUCAGGCUCGUGAUAUUUCUAAAGUUCUAUUAAUAUUUUCACAUGAUUUUUAUGAUGAAGAUAUUAAUGAUUUAGUACAGAGUAUAGACUUUUGUAAAGUUAUGCAGAUAUUUUAUCCACAUUCGAUACAAACACAUCCACAUGAAUUUCCGGGAGUAGAUCCGGAUGACUGUCCACGUGAUAUUAAAAAAGAUCAAGCCAUAAUUCGUAAAUGCAAUAACGCACUAUAUCCUGAUCUUUAUGGACAUUAUAGAGAGGCAAAAUUUACACAAACAAAACAUCAUUGGUGGUGGAAGGCCAAUAGGGUUUUCGAUCAAUUGGAAGUGACAAGAUAUCAUACAGGUUUAGUUUUAUUCCUGGAAGAAGAUCAUUAUGUAGCCGAAGAUUUUCUAUAUCUAUUGGAGAUGAUGCAAAGGCGUACAAAAGAUUUAUGUCCACAAUGUAAUAUUUUAUCAUUAGGCACCUAUUUAAAGACAUUUAAUUAUUACACAUACAAUAGCAAGUCAAAACAAAAAUCAUAUAGCAAUCAAUAUGCUUCUUCCUCGCUGAUCUCUACUAACAAUUUAUUAGGAUAUUCGUAUCAUAGGAAUAGAAAAUCACUACAAUUAUCAUCGCAAUCAGCUUUAACAUCAUCUUCUUCUAACAAUAAUAACAAUAUUAAUAAUAGUAACAACAAUAAUAAACAUUAUAAUAGAUACUAUGAUAAUAAUAAAGAAGAUAAUAAUAUUGUAACUAAUCACAAUAAUAAAAUUAAAAAUAAUAAUAACAGUAAAUUAAAAUCAUAUGUGGGUGAUACAAAUCCAAAUACCAAUUCACAUGGCACCUUUUCCAUCACCUCAGCAACGAGCACUACAACUAAGAGCACUUCUCAAUCAGGUGCACAACAGACAUGGAGCUAUCAUGUCUUACCAUCAUUGUAUUCUGUCUAUCAGAAGGUAGAAGUUAUGCCCUGGAUUAGUAGUAAACAUAAUAUGGGUUUUGCAUUUAAUCGCAGCACCUGGAAUAGUAUACGAAAAUGUCGUCAGCAUUUUUGUUCUUAUGAUGAUUACAAUUGGGACUGGUCCUUGCAACAUGUAUCGCAACAAUGUUUACAACAUAAAUUGCAUGCAAUGAUUGUAAAAGGUCCGAGAGUUUUUCAUAUUGGAGAAUGUGGCGUCCAUCAUAAAAAGAAAAAUUGUGAAUCAAAUCAAGUGAUUUCAAAAGUUCAACAGGUCUUACGUAUUGCCCGCAAAUCUGGGCAAAUAUUUCCUAAAUCCUUAACCCUCACCGUUGCCAGUCUAAUUAAAAAGACUAAAUUACGUAAAGGUAAUGGCGGUUGGGGUGAUCGUCGUGAUCAUGAACUGUGUAUGAAUAUGACUUUAAUUACUAGAUGAAUUUAAGUGUUUAGGUAAAUUUAUUAUUAUAUUUUUUUAUUUUUUAUUUUUUAAAAUAAAGUUAAUAAUAAAAUACUUUAAGCGAUAAAAGUUAAAAGAAGCGUAAACAAAUACAUAAAUUAAAGAAAAUUUACGAAAAAUGGAGAAGUUUACAAUUGAGGUGUUUAGAGUAAAAGAUGAUAAAUAAAUUUUGAAAAGAUUUGUUAAAUGAGAUUUGAAACUUUGUUUACACUUCAAUUGUAUAUAAACUUUUCUUUUUUCAAACUCACAUCACUUAUGAAAACUUAAAAUAAAAUAUGUAAUUUCUUUAAAUAAUAAACUAAAAUAAAAAAAUUAGUUAAUUAGCUGAAAUUAAAAGAAAUUUAAGCACAAUUUAACAAAAUCUAAAAAGACCCUUUUAAGUAUAAAAAAAGAUUACUUUUUCCUCUAAUACUUUAUUCUAACAAAAACUAUUAAAAAGAGAAACAUUAAAUGAAAGAAAAUUCUCUAUAAGAAUUAAAAAGAAAAUACCAAAAAAUUACAACUGAAUUAGUUUUUAAGUAUUUAAUUAAAUAAAUUAAAACAAAACAAUAAUUAAUAAAACGAUAACAUGCAUUCAAAAGGCCAAUAAUUAUAGGAAAUUGUAAUUUAUUUAUAAAAAAAAAAACGAAUACCAAACCAAACGCAGUAAAACUUAGUUAAAACGAAUUGUUUAUAAAAUAACAAUCGUUUAAAUUAUAUAAAAAAAUUUAAAAUUCAAAUCCUAUUUAAGGGGACCAUCACACGUUUCUUCAAUCACUGAAUCGUUAUAACAAAGUUCUACUGUUGCAAAAGUUGUUUAAAAAAAGACAAACUUUUUUUAUUCAAAUUGUAAGUUUUUCUUUAGAUGUUUUUUUUUUUUUUUUUUUUGUUAAUUUUUAAAUGUAUUAAUGUAAAUUAGUUAGCAUAUAAACACAUAUUUGCAAAAAUUUUGUAUAAAAUUAUUAUUAUUUUUUUUUUUUCUUUUGUAAAAGUUAAGCGUUAAGGUCUAAGUUAAAAUAGCUUUAAUAAUUCAUUAAUAACAUUUAUAAUUUGUGUAAGUUCUUGUCAUGUUUAAGUAAUUUCCUAAGGUUUUUUGUUAACUAUUUUUUUAAUUAAUUCAAUAAAAGUUUUUGAUCAAUAACAGAAGCCAACAAAUUUGUAUUCCAGAAACUUAAAGUUUACUUUUGUAAGGGAUUAAGCUGCGCUAAUAUCCGAUAUUACAGAUAUCGUGUCCUUAAAAUCGAAUAACCUCCUUUUAUGGUAAUUUUUAAGACGUUAUAACAGAGCGAAAACAUCUUUAUUUAUAAAAUUUUUCAUCUCGUCUGAAAUUCCAAUGUAUCGACUUUAAAAUAAAGGUUUAACCUCUGCUAUAUCUCCAAUAUCUAAAAAAAAUAAGAUAAUCCUAGCCCUAAUUCCCUGAUUCAGCGCUGCUUAGUCCAUUAAAAAUGUAUACUUUGGUAGCUGGGUUUCGAAUUUUUUUCAAAUUUUGUUGGUAUGUGUAAUUAAAAUCAAACAAUUAUUUGUAAAAUUUUAUACUAAUUUUCUAAAUCAAAUUAAUCAUGGUUUAUUAAAGUAUAUAAACAAUUACCUUAAUUUUCAGCUAGAAUUAAUACGUUGCUACUCGAAUCAAUUUAUUUAGUUUUCUUCUUUUUUAUUUGAUAAAUUUUCAUUAUUUUUUGAACUUUUUUCAUUCAUUUUAUUAUAUGUAUGUGUUUUCAUUUCAAAAAAUAACCGUUAAAAAUUUAAACUCUCAAUACCUACAUAUUGGUGCGAAAACAAACUAAAAGCGCUAUAUUGAAAACACACAAAAAAGCUCUAAUUCUAAAGUGGCUACGAUAAAAACGUAAACAAAACAAACUUAACGUCAACUAAAAGCUUAACAGCAGCCAUACUCAAUUCGCGCCAUUUAACAACAAAAACAAAACAAACGAAAACACACAUAUGUAUGUACAAUUUUCAUUACAAGAAAAACACUUCAAAAAUCAAACAUUUCCUUUAAUAUUUUUACUUAAAUGUAUAAUUUAAUUUUAAAACUGUAUUUUUAACAACUUUUUAUCAAUUUUUUAAUACUUUUAAAACGAUUUUUCAUUCACUAAAUCAUUAACACUUUUCUUAGCACACUUACCACAUGAACAACGCAACAAAACUGAAAAGAAAAUUUUGCCAAUAACAGAGUUGUUUAAUUACGACGUAAAGCGUAAACAUAGUUAAAACAUAAAACGGAAAUACUUACUCAAAUUUGUUACGUUGAAAACGUUAUAAUUUCAAAUAUGUUUUAAAAUUGUAUUUUUUUUUUGCCUUUUUAAUUUAUAUAAAAUCUCUAUGUAAAUUGUAAAAGUUAAAAACUAUUAAGUAAUAUGUAAAGUAAUAUUUAUUUGUAAAUGUGUUUUUGUUAUAAUAAUAAUCGUUAGUUUUUUUUAUAAAUAUUGUUAAUUAUUUUGUAGUAAUUUAAACUUUUUCUUUAUCUCAUACAUAAAAGAUAAUAUUGUAAUAUAAUGAAAUCUAAGUACUGCUUUUAAAUUGUAUUAAAUUAGUCAUUUAAUAUUUAUAAAA